AUGAAGAAACAAGAUCCACCUCAACCUACACAUCAAGGUAAUGAAAAGAAAAAACAUUAUAGAGGAGUUAGGCUGAGACCAUGGGGAAAAUGGGCAGCUGAAAUAAGAGAUCCUAGAAAAGGAGCAAGAGUAUGGCUUGGCACAUUUGAAACUGCUGAAGCUGCAGCUACUGCUUAUGAUGAAGCUGCCUUGAAGUUCAAAGGAAACAAAGCCAAGCUUAAUUUCCCUCAUCUCAUUUCUCAUUCGCCGCAAUCAGAUCUAUCGCCGACGCGUAAUAACAAUAAUGUUUCAUCACAAUCUUUAUCUCCGUCUUCAUUGUUGCGGAAUAGUCCACGAAAGUCUCUUUUUCCGUUGUCAUCCACAACGGAAAAAGAAAUGUUUCCAAACCUAAUGCAAUACGUGCAAGUACUUUGUAGUAAGGAUGAUGAAGAUCUUCGACGUGCUACUGCAUCUCUUUACAAUAAUAGUAGUAAUAAUAAUAAUCAUCAAAAUAAUGAUAAUGAACGAUUUCGUUAUUAUAAUUUGCCGCCAUUUUUCUCAUCAAUGGCGUCAUCUUCUUCUUCUAAGGACGUUCUUGAGUCUAAGGUUGGAGAUUCUCGUCCUUUAAAUUUAGAUACGAGAAGUGGUCUUGAUGAAAGGAACACGACAGGGUCAUAG